AUACUGGGACGGUCACGCUCACAGGUUUCAAAGUGGUCUAGGGUUUGGUGCUUGAAUGUGGGAUUUGUCUUGUCACCUGCACACGAUUGCUUAUCAUGAGAGGGGUCUCUUUACUGCAUCUGCGAAUGUGGACCGCGCUCCUGGUGACGUCCGUGCGGAGCCCCUGGGCCUGUGUGCAGGAGCAAAGGCCAGUGUUGUUUACCCUGCUGAUACCUUUAUGAUGGAGGACGUGCAGCUCUCUGCCUGUGUGUGGGGAGCCUCGGCUGUUCUCUGCGGCCGUCCUUGCUCAGAAUCCACCAGCUGCAUCCGAAGUGUGAGUCCUCGCAGCCUUCUGUCCUCGCAGGGGUGAAACGCUGCUUUGUAAGACUUAGGAGAGAAGACGCGUCCUCGAGUUCACUUUGUGCUGCAACACAGUAAGUGUAAUUUGAAGAAGGCCAGAAGGAACCCAUGGCUUUAGCUGGCUGCCCAGAUUCCUUUUUGCACCGUCCGUACUACCAGGACCAGGCAGAGCAGGCAUCUGCUCAGGACCCAGGAGACCUGGCAGCACCCAGCUUCCCAGCCCAGGGUGAACGGCUCAAGAAUCACCAAGAGGAUGACGUGGACCUGGAAACCCUGAUGAAUGAUAUGAACACGUCCUUGGAGAGUCUGUACCCAGCGUGCAACAUGCAGUCGGACACGGUGCCCCUGUGUCAGAAUGGCCAGCACGCCCGCAGCCAGCCGCCGCCGUCGGGAGCAAGGUCCCAGCCGCCGCAGGCGUCCCCGUGGCAGAAGGUGCAGCGCUCCCAGCCUAUGCACAUCCUCGCCGUCAGGCGCCUGCAGGAAGAAGACCAGCAGUUUAGAACAUCUUCUCUGCCGGCCAUUCCCAACCCUUUUCCUGAGCUCUGCGGCCCAAAGAGCCCCCCUGUGCCCCCGCCGGGCUCCUUACCUCCGAGCCAGGCCGUGGCCAAGCAGGAUGUUAAAGUCUUUGGUGAAGACGGUACAUGCAAAGUGGUGGAGAUUCUCGCAGACAUGACUGCCAGGGACCUGUGCCAGUUGCUGGUGUACAGAAGUCAUUGUGUGGACGACAAUAGCUGGACCCUGGUGGAACAUCACCCUCAGCUGGGAAUAGAAAGGUGCUUGGAAGAUCAUGAACUGGUAGUUCAGGUGGAGAGCACCAUGGCCAGCGAGAGCAAAUUUUUGUUCAGGAAGAAUUAUGCAAAAUAUGAGUUUUUCAAAAAUCCCACGAAUUUCUUCCCAGAACAGAUGGUCACUCUGUGCCAGCAGUCCAACGGCAGUCAGACCCACCUUUUGCAGAUUUUUCUGAACUCCAGUAGUUGUCCUGAAGUUCAAGGGUUUUUGCAUGUGAAGGAGCUGGGGAGGAAAUCCUGGAAGAAGCUCUACAUGUGUUUGCGGAGAUCUGGCCUGUACUGCUCCACAAAAGGAGUCUCGAAGGAGCCCAGACACCUGCAGUUCCUGGCCGACCUGGAGGACUGCAGUGUCUUCUCCCUGAUUGCUGGCAGGAAGCAGUACAGCGCCCCCACAGACUACGGCUUCUGCAUAAAGACAAACAAAGUCAUGCAUCACAGCAAGGAGCUGCGGCUGCUGUGUGCCGAGGACGAGCAGGGCCGGACCUGCUGGAUGACAGCCUUCCGUCUUCUUAAGUAUGGAAUGCUCCUGUACCAGAGCUACAGGGUUCCCCAGCAGAGGAAAGCCUUGCUGUCCUCCUUCUCCACCCCAGUGCGCAGUGUCUCCGAGAACUCUCUCGUGGCGAUGGAUUUUUCUGGACAAACAGGAAGAGUGAUUGAGAACCCAGCUGAAGCCCAGAGCGCAGCCCUUGAGGAAGGCCAUGCCUGGAGGAAGCGAAGCACUCGGAUGAAUGUGCUGGGCAGUCAGAGCCCCCUCCACCCAUCGACUCUCAGCACAGUGAUCCACCGGACACAGCAGUGGUUUCACGGCAGGAUCUCCAGGGAGGAGUCCCACAGGAUCAUCAAGCAGCAGGGCCUGGUGGAUGGGCUUUUCCUCCUCCGCGACAGCCAGAGUAAUCCAAAGGCAUUUGUACUGACACUGUGUCAUCACCAGAAAAUUAAAAAUUUUCAGAUCUUACCUUAUGAGGACGAUGGGCAGAUGUUCUUCAGCCUUGACGACGGGAACACCAGAUUCUCUGACCUGAUCCAGCUCGUUGACUUCUACCAGCUAAACAAAGGAGUCCUGCCUUGCAAACUCAAGCACCACUGCAUCCGAGUGGCCUUGUGACCUCACAUUUCGUCUUGAUUGACGACGGGAGGAAGUUGACACUGGAACGAAUAGAAGUGUCUGCGUUGUCAAGAACACACAUGACUCCGUACCUUGGGAGCGAGAUCAGUUCCUUCGGUGCCAACCAACCAAGAUUGAUUAGUUUGUUGGACUUGGCAAUGAUUUGCUGCUGCGGAUCCAAGAGGAUCCCUCUUUCUGCGCCGGCCAAAUCGGGGGUGGGGGGUGGGGCACGGAAGAGCAAGCGUAAAUUUGAAGAUAAACUGGAAUGAUCAUCUUGGCUGGGCCACGUAGGAACCAGAGCGAAGUAAUUGGAAAUGAACUCUUGCCCUGGAAUAAUCUUGACAAUUAAAACCGACAUGUUUACUUUUUUGUAUCGAUCACUUUUUGCACUCCUUGGUCUUCAAGGUCGGAUUUGGCCUCUGGUGGAGGGGAUGUGGCUUUUUGGUGCCUACAAGAUGGAAAGACAGCUUUGAAUGGGCCGACGUCAGAGAUGGAGCACGGGCCCCCAAAUGAUUCCAGAGGGUGCUCCCGCCUUCUGCAGGUCACCACAGGUGGAUUCAGCUUCCAAAUAACAAACACCCUCACCCUUCCCAGUAUACUUGAAAAGCUUUUUGUAAAAUGAAAGGUGUCAUCAGUGGUCGGCAUUUGGCAUGUUUUGCGGACCAGUCAGGCAGCCCUGGUCUUUCAAUCACUUCUCUAUGCACAGGUGUCCAUGCUCGUGUUAUUAGCAUGUUGUGUCUUCCACAGUUGAGGAGACUUGAUGUGUUUGGAAAACUCACCGUUCCACACAUGGCAGGGCUCAGUGGCCGCUCCUCUAGUUGGAGGCAAGCCAGCCUUCGUGAGACACACCUGGUACCCAGCAGUGGAUGCCAUGCCUCACUGUCCGCCUGGGGUAGUUUCAGCCUGUUCUAGAAUGAUCACUGCCUUACCUACUGCAGUGGCAUGAGUCCUUUCAUGGCUGUUCUCCCUCGGGGAUUAAAGGACCUAAUAAGAAAAUGGCGCCGGCUUGGCUUCCUGCAGUGGCCCGUGGGUUUCAUGGUGACAAAGAUGGAAACAUUGAAAGGGACCCAUUUAGAGGUCUGUCCUUGAUGACCCCUGUCCUGCUGAAACCCUCGGCAGCCAGUGGCAUGAGGCAGCGGGAGGCUCCUCGGCUGCUUGCACCUCACAGCAGUUUGGAUGUUGAGGAGUUCUGUCAACACAACACUGCUUCUCCCGCCGGGAGCCAAGUCAGACGGUGGUUGAGUUUUUCGUCAUCCCCACUGCCCUGUCCCCCGAGCUGAGUUACCAGGUGUGAGCAUGGCCCUGACUUUUCCUCUGGUCUCUGACAAGCAUCCCGACUCUGUGGUGAAAAGUGAUUUUCAGUUCCGAGAUAGCGGCUGUCACCCUUGACUGACCCCUCCGACUGUUGUGCCACUGGCCUGUCCCCUGCCGACCUCACAGGACUCCCCAGAAACACACACACACAGUUCAGACAGACCCAACGGGCUUUGGUGACGCAGACCUGCUGUCAGUCAGUCUGUGGUUUAGAAACACUGUAUUUCAGUUUACAGGCCACACUCUAAUCGUUUCCCACGAAAGGUGUACUUAUGCAAAUGAAGAAUUUUCAGUCAAACAUGUUUUUAACCCAAACGCUCUAUUGAACGCGUUUUCCUCCUAUUGUCGCCAGCUCAUUGUUCACACCAUUGACGUCAAGUCUUGCCUGGCAGCGUGCACGCUGCUCCCAAACUUCACUGAGGGGGCUGACUCUUUAGUGACACUGUUACACAGUUUUCUCGUCACUGGUUGGAUGUCAAAUCUUUAAAAAUCAUACAAAACACAACUCCACGAUUUCCCCUUCUGUUUACAUAGACCAGUGUCCACCAGUGACAUGAGACUCUCACACCCCCUCCGAUAGACCGCUAGUGUCUGCAGUAUUUCAUAUUUAUAAAUACGCAUUUUAUUUAAAAGGAGACCAGAAGCUUGACUCUGACUCAGUUUUGUAUGUAGCUGGUAUGACAUAGUCUUUGGACCUCCCCGGCCACAGUGAAUUUUUGGCGAGUGUAGCCUUCGCACAGUAUCCUGCUCGCCCCACGCCGGGUGCCCGGGAAUGCCUCCUGCGCCAGCCAGUCCCCCCAGGAGGCAGGCGUCCGGCCCCGCCAGCCCGGGGGCUGAAGGACAUUUGACUUGUAUUUUUGUAUUUAAAAUGACAUGAAUGUAAACGGGGCAGCUCAGGGUCGUUCUGCAGCCUGUUGACUUUUCCUGUCUGCCUGUGAUUUUCGUUUCAUAAUGAAAACUCCAUGUAGCAACCUGGACUAAGUUGAGAAGGAAACCGCCAGAUGCUUCAGGCGUUCGGGUUUCCUAGACCUCUGUUACCUUACGUGUUAGACUUCCAGAACAUUUUAUUGUUUGCUAAACCUUGAAGAAAUACGUGCCUCAGUCUAGAAGUUUUGUCUUCUCUUUUCUGCACUUAAUGCCUGACAGUUUGGCCAAUCGGUGCACCUUUCGGGGGAGGGACUUGCUCUUGGCAGGUGGGGAAGUAAUGGCACAAGCCUCAGUGACCAGAAAGUGGCCUGACAUGUAAACGUUUUCAGGGAACGCAGAAGGUGUUCACUCAAGAGACAAAACCUUUGUUCCAUGCGCUUUGCUCCUCUCUGUACAUAGCUCUUCGGCUCAUGAACCUAAUUGUAAACUUUCAGGUAUUUUUGUACAAAUAAGGGACUGAUGUUCUGUUUCUUGUAAUUCAAAAUAAACAUUAAUACAGCGUUCUUC